GAAUACCAUUUGUUCCUCUUUUUUGAAUCGGAGAUCCGGCCCAUGAUCCACUAUAUAUGGUUCAAGCCUUUACUAGUCACUAGUGGUUAGCGUUGCAUCCCCUCAACGCCAUGCAAACACCCACCAGUACCAGGGCCCGCGCUGGUGGUUAUUCCGAUUUCUUUUCUUCUGGGUUUCGAGUCAUAUAUGCUAAACGCGUCAAGCCUCGUCCAAGACCUGCAUCGACGUAUUCUCUGCCUAGCAUUCCCUCAGAUCUGAUACGGUCCAUGUCUUCCACUUCUCGGCGACGUUCCACCGAUUCCCAGAACACAGGGCUUCCGUAUCCGCUGCCUAGUCCAAAGCGGAAGGAGGACUUGCAUUCAAACAUCGUAACUCCCUUGCCCAAUGAAAAGCGGAAGAAGCGUUCCUCAUUCAUCGAGUUCUCUGCACGGCUGUUCGAUAAAAUGACCCCAGGUGUACCAGAAGCGGUAUCGUUUGUUGAGUUUGACGAGACUCGAAGAUGCUCUCGUUCGCAAUCGCGCAAUGGCACAUCUCAUUAUUCAAAGUUGGGAAUUCCGAGUCCUGUCGUUGAGAUGAAUGUUUCUUCUAUUCGAACUUUCUAUCCAGAUUCCAACGAAUCAGACCCAUUCAAUUCAUCACCGAAUUCCAAGUCUUUCUUCAUUGACUUGAGCGAUUCGUCUUCGUCUUCGUCCUUUACAUCUUCCCCGAAACGCUCUAGACACCAGUCUUUCAUGUCGUUCUCCGGCUCUUCCUUGAGCUCUUUGACUAGUUUCACGAGGCGUGAAAGGCCUUCCUCUAUACACUCUCUUCCUACUGAAGAGAGCACUGUCCCAGAGUCUCCUUACGAAAAUGACGAUAGGGAUCUAGCCAAUAUCGAUUGGCGCGAAUUCCACAUCCAGUUCUUCGACAACAUUUGAAAGGUUGCAAUUUCCCUCUUCGCGUUCUUCUGAUUCUAUUUUACGGAACAAUCGAAAUUAUUUACUCCACAGCUACCAGGUCCCGCCCGUGCUCUUGCUCAUACCAUUUGUAGUCUACAUUAAUAUAUCUGUGAACUAGUACAUGCCUCCUUACGUCCAUUUUUGACUUAUUAUGCAAAAUUUGUAGUGCCUCCCUCUGUAACCAUAGUGUGCGGUGUAAUUUCAUCGUGUUCGCCACAUAGAUGCUGUGACGUAGGUCAUACAGGCGGUAUUUUGGCCUG